AAAUUACACAGUAGGUCGUUUGUACCCUGUAAAGGGGUCAGAUUGACGGACAAGAGCUCAUAAGCGAAGAGGGAGCCUCAAGCCAUGUCAGCUAUGGCUUCUAGCCAUAAACUGUGAUUACUUGACAUUCACAAAGAACAAGAAGCUCUUGGGUUCCCAUUCGCUUGGAUACCCAACUUGGAUGGGUGCAUGAUCCGCUUCAUUCUGGUUUGGGAGGUUUCUCUAACCAAGAUCCGAGACCUCGUUCUUUUUUUUUAAGGCAUUUCCAAGGAAAUUGCCCUGAAUAUUGGCCAGAUACAUGUAUCUCAUUUAUGUGUUACCAGGCAUCCUCGACCCAGGUUGUUUGGUUGGUUAUUUAGUUGGCUGAUUGGCCGGUUGUUCGCCGAUGGCUGAGAAAUGAUGCAGGUGGUCAGGACGUCCGUGCUUGCUUCGUCCUACUUGUCGGAUUAGCAGUGCAAUGGAUGCCGAGAGCGCAUGAAUCCAUUUUAUUGUUACCUCAUGAAUGACAUGGUUGUCGUUGAAGUAUGGGGAAUUUGCCGAAACAUUCAACCAGUCUCCGUUGAGAUUUGGUCGAGAUCACAACUCUAGAUCUUAUUGACCGCGGAGUUUGAAGCUCUUCAGAAAUUCUGACCGUGAUAAGUGGUGUUCGAAUUCACCAGCAGAAUUUUCAUUGAAAUCCAAGUGUGAUUUCUCAUUUCACGCUUUAAUUGCCGGGCCAAGAAGAAUCCGAUCGAAGAGCCAAGAGCCAAAGUGAUCAUUGGAAUUGCACUCUCAAAUUGACAUUUUAUGAGGAUCCGACCUGAUCUAGUCAGAUCAAACUGAAGGUCAGCUUUCUUCGUCAUGGCUGACAACUCAGACAAGAUCCCCGCUAUUCAAGUGGUUAAUGAUGACGAUGAUGAUGUCAACCGGGCCUCAUCGUACACUAUUGAACUCAAUCCCGUCGACGAUGUGCCCGAAGAACGUGCGAGCCGUGGGGCGGAAUACUCUCGACAAUCGUCCGCCAUGGACGAAAUUGAUAUCCAAAUCGGGGAUAGCUCUGACCAGCUGUCCGACCCACCCACUCCCGAUGUCCCGGAAUGUCUCACCCCAUCGCCUUAUCUACCCGACCGCAAUGGUAAUCGGAAGCGAUCAUCAGUGACCAUAGCACCUGGAACCAUUACUGAGAAGCCGCAGCCAAGUCAACGGAAGAUGACUUCGAAACGUUCCUCGUUCAUCUUCACUCCGAAGCCUCUGAAACAUUACCUUACCAAGGAGGUCUUGCCCCAUGUGGACCAUUACCGAAACCGAAUGUCCUUCUCCAAAGGUCAUCCGGAAAGGUCUCGGCCCACUUUGGACGAACUAUUGGAUGCGAGUGUGAUGGCCGAUAUCAAUGGAAACGAUCUCGAAAAAGGAGACCUUGUUGGUGCGGAUAAUGAGCAAGGAAAAGUCAUUAAAUUCGGAUGGUUCGACGGGGUGUACAUGAGAUGCUUGUUGAACAUCUGGGGUGUCAUGCUAUUUUUGAGGUUAACUUGGGUCAUCGGACAAGCAGGCUUGUUGGAGGGUCUUGGGGUCAUCACGCUUUCAAACAUUGUCACCAUCAUCACGACCAUAUCCAUGUCGGCAGUUUCAACCAAUGGGCAAAUCAAAGCUGGAGGAAUCUACUACAUGAUCAGUCGCUCUUUAGGGCCGGAAUUUGGCGGAGCAAUCGGCAUCAUGUUCACCCUUGCUAAUUCCAUUGCCGUUUCCAUGUACAUCAUUGGGUUCUGCGAGUCGCUCAUGGAUAUGCUUGAGCAAUAUCUGACCCAUUUCAAUGGAAUCGUUGACUCUGUGGAACGGAUCAAUGACAUUCGAUUGAUUGGGUCAAUUUCGCUUGUCCUCAUCUUGGGGUUAGCCAUUGUGGGCAUGGAUUGGGUCACUCGGGUACAAAUGGGCCUUCUGGUCUUACUACUCGUUUCUCAAGUGGAUUUCAUCAUUGGCUCCUUUCUCCCAAGCACUGACGAGGAAGUCGCCAAAGGCUUUGUAGGAUAUGAUAGUCAAGUGUUGGAGGGGAAUUUGUAUAGCGCCUAUUCAACCGAUCCGACGAGUGGGAAGAAGCACAACUUCUUCUCGGUUUUCGCCGUUUUCUUUCCUGCUGUGACUGGGAUUGUGGCGGGCGCCAAUUUGAGCGGGGAUCUGAAAGAUCCUGGAGUCGCCAUCCCCAAGGGAACGUUGUUGGCCAUUGCUACCACCUAUGUCAGUUACGUGAUCUAUGGCAUUAUGGUAGCGGCAUGCUCGUUACGAUACGCUUCUGGCAAUGUCAAUGAAGUCCUUUUUGGAACCGAGGCCUUUAACGAUACCGUGGGUGAGAUCCUGAACAUCACAAAUGCCUUUGACGACUGCGAAGGCAGGACUUGCGGAUUUGGAACAUCCGUUAGUCAACAGAUGAUGGAGGUGAUAUCAGCUUGGGGACCCUUGAUCUACGCCGGGUGCUUUGCAGCUACACUUUCAUCCGCCAUUGCAUCUUUAGUUGGAGCUCCACGAGUUCUUCAGGCCGUGGCCAAAGACAAACUCUUUCCCGGAAUCCAAUCCUUCUCUGAAGGUUGGGGAGCCAAUAAUGAUCCUCUCAGAGGCUAUAUUUUGGUUUUUAUUAUUUCCUUGGUGUGCAUCCUCAUAGGCGAUCUGAAUCAAGUCUCCAGCUUAUUGUCUAACUUCUUCGUGGCAGCCUAUGCUCUCAUCAACUUCUCCGUCUUCCACGCUAGUAUCACAUCUUCUCCCGGAUGGCGACCCUCAUUCAAGUACUACAACAAAUGGGUGUCACUCUUGGGCACUAUUCUCUGCAUAGGAGUCAUGUUUCUCAUGGACUUCAAGAUGGCGAUCGUCACCUGCGUAUGCGUUUGCCUACUCUAUGCAUUUAUCUACUUUAGAAAACCCGAUGUGAAUUGGGGAUCCUCGUCUCAAUCUCAAUCCUUUAUCACCGCUCUAAAAGCCGUUCAAGCCCUAACCCGCGUUGACGAUCAUGUUAAGAACUACCGACCCAAGAUUAUCGUCUUGUCUGGAAACCCCGUGGACCGCCCUUGUUUGAUGGAUUUUGCACAUCUGUUGACCAAACGGCUGUCGCUCCUUGAAAGUGUCCACGUUGCCGAUCCAAGUUUGGACUUUAAGAAAGUUGAAGUUAUGAAAGGCUUGGCCAACAAGUGGCUAGCCACCAAUCACAUCAAAUCGUUCCACUCGAUCACUCGCAAUGACAGCCUCUUCGAAGGAAGCAGAGCGGCGUUGGAAGUUUGUGGAUUGGGCAAGCUCAGUCCCAAUUUGCUUCUCAUGGGAUUCAAACAGGACUGGCAACUCUCUCUUGAGGAUGCAGAGGAGUACUAUGCCACCCUGGAAAACGCCUUCGACAUGCGCCUAGCCGUGGGUGUUUUGAGAGUCGAUGGAGGCUUGGAUAUCUCUGGAAUGUUUGCCAAUGAGGAGAAGGCUCACAUGAUGUUCGCCAGAAAUCGGACUACCUCGGAACUCUCCGAGCAAUCACUCAAAGUCGAAGAUAGAAGCGAAUCGAAGAUGUCGGUCGACAGUGGCUUGGCCUCCCCGGCCACUGUUCAGAAAAAGCGAGUGGGACGAGACGGAAGUGUAUUGGGGCGCUUUGGAAAGAAAACGAAGAGUAACCUUUCCAUGGCCAUUCUAGACAAGGACGGACGGCCGGUGGAUGAGGACACGGUGGAGAAGAUCACCCAGUUCCGAAACAAAGGGGUCAGGGAUGGAACUAUCGACGUGUAUUGGCUCUAUGAUGAUGGAGGCCUUACCAUGCUUCUGCCUCACAUCUUGACUACUCGAGCCAAGUUCGCCAAAUGCAAGCUCCGGAUAUUCUUCUUGUCCGAAAACGUGGAAGAACUCGAGAUCGAAACUCGCAAUAUGGCUGCUCUCCUCUCCAAGUUCCGCAUCGAGUUCAAUGAUGUCAUUGUACUUCAAGAUGUCACCAGAAAGGCUGAUCGAAAAACGCGGGACGAUUUCAAAGAGCUGAUCACUAUCCCGCAUCCGAAAUCCAAAUCCGGACGCAAUCCCUCAUCAACCGCAAAGGCCAGCGACCAAUUGGAAGGGCUGGAAAACGUCUUAGUAUCUGAAGCGGAACAAAUGAAGCAUGCCGAGCAGACCAAUUUCCAAUUGAGAAUUGCAGAGAUCGUUCGGCAAAACUCGAGUCAAGCCGAUCUCGUGGUCAUGACCUUACCUAUGCCCAAACGAGAACAGAUUCCUUAUCCUCUAUAUAUGGCAUGGCUGGACUUCACUACGCGGAAGAUGCCACCUUUCCUGCUCAUACGGGGCAAUCAGGACUCUGUUCUAACCUUCUAUUCAUAAACAGACAUGUAUGGUUUGAAGCACUUCAACUUCUCUCCCUUCCUGUUCAAUGCAAGAUUAUUUUUAGCUUAAGGCUUGCACAUAGCAUUAUUAUUUGAAGCAAUAAAUAUCAAGAGGUCUGUAAAAUUCGAAAUUAAUGACUUUAUGACGUUCGAAUGGACUACUUCC